CUCCUUGCGAGGCUGCGAGAGGCGGUGGCAGGGCCAAGAUGGCGGCGCCCUGUGGGCUGGGAGGGCUCUGAGAGGCAGGCCAGCGCCGGGAAGCAGGCCCCGCAGGAGGAAGAGGAAGCGGAAGCGGAAGAGGAGCAGAGCGACGUUCUGCCAUCAUGAAAAGGGUCGGAUUGAUAGGAGAGACAACAGAGAGCCUGCUUCUCAGCAAAGCAGCUUGACAGGCGCACCCAUGGGGGUCCGGUAAGAGCUGUGCCUGGGGGGGCCGCCGUCGCACGUAGAAGGAGGGGCCAAGAUGACCCAGCAGGGGAACGUGGGCGACCUCCUCGCCAUGCUGGACUCCCCCAUCCUGGCCGUCCUGGAGGACAUCACGGCCGCCUUUACAGAGAACCUCAACUCAGACCGCGGGCCCGUGCUUGUCAAUGCCUUGGUGGAUUAUUACUUGGAAACCAGUUCCCAGCAAGCCUUGCACAUCCUGUCCACACUGCAGGAACCCCACGACAAGCACCUUCUGGAUAAAAUCAAUGAAUACAUGAGCAAGCCAAGCACCCGCCUCUCCACCCUCUCCCUCCUGGGCCAUGUGAUCCGGCGACAGCCAUCUUGGAAACACAAGCUCUCCCAUGCGCCGGUCCUGCUUUCUCUGCUCAAAUGUCUCAAGACGGAUGCUGACGUGGUUGUCCUGACGACGGGGGUGCUGGUGCUCAUCACUUUGCUGCCCAUGAUCCCUCAGUCCGGGAAGCAGUACCUGCACGACUUCUUUGGCAUCUUUGGCCGCCUCUCCUCCUGGUACUUGAAGAACCCAGGUCACGUGGCCGAGAUCUACCUGGUGCACCUGCACGCCAGUGUCUACGCCCUCUUCCAUCGCCUUUACGGAAUGUACCCUUGCAACUUCGUGUCUUUUCUGCGCUCCCACUACAGCAUGAAGGAGAACUUGGAAACCUUUGAAGAGGUGGUCAAGCCAAUGAUGGGCUAUGUGCGCAUCCACCCUGAGCUAGUGACAGGAUCCAAGGAUCAUGAGCUGGAUCCUCGGAGGUGGAAGCGGCUGGAGACGCAGGAUGUGGUCAUUGAAUGUGCCAAAAUCUCCCUGGACCCGGCCGAGGCCUCCUACGAAGAUGGCUACUCCUCCGCCGCCCAGCAGGCCGGGCUGCACAUGCCCCACCAUUGCCCGCCUGACCCCGAGGCCGGCCCCUUCCUGGCUUCCCACAGCAGCUUUGGGGCGUCCACAUCCACCCCGUGUCCUGCUUCCCGCUUGGCGCUGUCGCACGCUUCGGGUCAGCUACCUCAGAUCCUGAACCCCCACCACCCCUUGGGCCUCUCCCUCGAGCAUCAACAGGUCUCGUUCUGGAGCCCUUCUGCUGUUUGCGGUAUGGCCACCCCUCCCACGUCUCCCGGAACAGCGCUCGACUCUUCGCAGAAUUCCUCCCAGCCUUUCAGCAAAUUCUUCGGAACGCCGGCGGUUGGAAAAGGGACUCCACUGGGAACACCGGCCACCUCCCCACCUCCGCCGUCCUCGUCGUCGUGCAUUUCGGAGGAAUCUCUUCAGGGCUCCGUUCCCCCGAAUACAGCUUCAGCUCACAAGAAGGAGGAAAGGACGGAUCCUGGGAGGCCCUCCUUAUCCCGGCAGCAAAACAUUAACAGCCUGAGAACAUUCGACUCCCAAGGCAGCAAAAGUUCAGUCACAUUGAGUGACCUCCCCAGCAUCUUAGGAGAACUGGACGGCUCUUUUGAAGACAGUGGUGAGAAGGACCGAGAGGAAGAUGCCAUCUCAAAAGAGAUCUCGGAGAUCACCACUGCAGAUGCGGAGCCCCUGGUGCCGCGGGGUGGCUUUGACUCUCCCUUUUUCCAGUGGGGCGAAAGUCUUUCCAGCUCCAAGAAGACCCAGUCAGCCAACUCCAGUGCACAGGGGGUGGCCCUGAACUCGGAGCCCUUGCCGCCGCUCUUGUCAUCGUUUCUGGACCAAUUUGGGCCCGAGACCAACUCCCAGGAGGCGCCGAAGCAGAGCUUCACCCCCAUCGAGCGGCCCUCAUGCAACUCAGGGAGCCGUGAGAGUGGCACCACGGCCGCCUUGUCAGUGCCCCUGGAGCCCGGCCUGCUGACCCCCAGCCCUUGCAAGGGAGCCGGGCCCGGCUGUGAGGGGCCCUCGCGCUACGAGCAUCUCUUUGAGGUGGCCCUGCCCAAGACGGCCUACCUGUUUGUGGGCAGGAAGACGGAGGAGCUGCUGAGGAAGGCCCGAGGAGGAGGAGGACUACAGCAGGAGGAAGGGCGCUGCUCUCCGGCCUCUCCCCUGGAAGUGCUGGACCGCCUCCUCCAGUACGGAGCAGACGCCCACAGCAGGGAGCUCAACAAGCUACCCUUGCCGAGUAAAUCCGCUGACUGGACUCACUUUGGAGGUUCCCCUCCCUCAGACGAGAUCCACACGCUGCGCAACCAGUUGCGGCUGCUGCACAACCAGCUCCUGUACGAACGCUUCAAGCGGCAGCAGCAUGCCUUGCGCAACCGGCGCCUCCUGCGGAAAGUCAUCAAGGCCGCUGCCCUGGAAGAACACAAUGCCGCCAUGAAAGACCAGCUGCGCCUGCAGGAGAAGGACAUCCAGGCGCUGAAGCUGAGCCUGCAGAAGGAGCAGGCCAAGGCCCGGCUCUCCCAGGAGGAGAAUGCCAGCGCUGUGGCCCAGCUCCAGGGCCAGAUCCGCCAGCUGCAGCAGGAGCGCCAGGAGUACUACGGGCAGAGCCAGGAGCGGAAGACCAAGCUGGAGGACUGCCACACCGUCAUUGGGGAUCUGCAGCUGGAGCUCAAGAAGGCCAGCAACAAGGUCUGCCACACGGAGCUGCUGCUCAGCCAGGUCUCUCAGAAGCUAUCCAACAGCGAAUCAGUCCAGCAGCAGAUGGAGUUCCUGAACCGGCAGCUGCUGGUCCUGGGGGAGGUGAACGAGUUGUACUUGGAGCAGCUCCAGCACAAGCAUGCCGACACCACCAAGGAAGUGGAACUGAUGCAGGCGGCCUUCCGAAAGGAGCAGGAGCGGGCCAAGGGCUGCCUCCUGCAACAGGCCCAGCAGUUGGAGGCCUCCCAGAAGCGCAACCUGGAGCUGGAAGCCCAGCUGGCCAAGCGGGACCACCUCCUCCUGGAGCAGAAGAAGUACCUGGAGGACGUCAAGCUCAAGGCCAGGGGUCAGUUGCAGGCCGUGGAGGCCCGGUACCAGGCCCAGAAGAAGGUCACGCAGGCCUUUGAGCUGGAGGUCCUGGAUCUCUAUGGCCAGCUAGCAAACAGCUCGGGGCUGCAGCAGAAGCGCGAUGGCAGCAACAAAAUGGAAAGCGAAGCGGUAACAGUGGCGGCAGAGGAAAGGUACAAUGGGCAUCACUCGGCUGGCUUGUCUCUCUCUCCGUUUUGCUCCUCUCGAUCUUUCCCUCCUGCUCUUUCCUGUCUGUUGGAGUGAUACUUCUCCAAGUUU